UCAGUAACGGACGGUGUUGUCAUUCUUGAAAUGUGGGAAGCGGUUGUCUCUUUAUUUGGUUCGUUUUAAAUUCUCCGUCGCAAUUUAAUCUACAAAGACCUAACCAAAAUGGCCGACUACUGGAAGUCACAACCGAGGAAAUUCUGUCAGUACUGCAAGUGCUGGAUUGCAGACAAUAAGCCUAGCAUUGAAUUCCACGAAAGAGGGAAGAAUCACAAAGAAAAUGUGGCUGCCAAAAUUUCAGAGAUUAAAAAGAAGAGCAUUGAAAAGGCGAAGCAGGAGGAACGGAUGUCUAAAGAGUUUGCAGCGAUGGAGGAGGCUGCGAUGAAAGCAUAUCAGGAAGAUCUGAAGAGGAUGGAAAGGGAGGCAGCAGGUUUACCACCCCAAACAACUACUGCCGCUAAGCCACAACCUCAGGCAAAACCCCAGCCCAGAAAACAGCAAAAGAAAGAGAAAGCAACCAAGAAGUUCACAAAGCAAACAGCAACGCGGGUUUGGGUUGAAGGACAAACAGAUGAUGGACAGACAUACUAUUACAAUACAAUAACUGGAGAAUCUCAGUGGGAACAACCGGGGGGUUUCCGGGGAGAAAGUUCAGCCUCUGCACACCCUGGACAGACUGAGAGCUCUUCAGGCUGUCCUUGGAUGGAAGCCGUCAGUCCUGAUGGAUAUACAUAUUACUAUAACACAGAGACUGGAGAGUCCAGCUGGGAGAAACCAGCAGACUUUCCUUCAAAUGAGGCAUCUGGAUCUGGGUCCUGCAAAGAAGAAGAGAGUCAAGAGGAGCCUUUAACCCCUCAGCCCGAGCCACUUUCAGGAGGAGAAGAGAGCCCUGCUGGGGCCCAGGCAUCUCAGGAGGCUGAGGUCCCUGAAGAAGCCAGUGAGCAGCCCAAAGUUCCAAAGAUCAGCUUCAGGAAAAGGAAAGCAGAGGCUGAGCCUUCAGAAAAAGAGGGAGAAGAGAAAGCAAGUGAUGAUACUCCUAAACAGGAUACUGAAGAGAUGAAAAAAGAGGAGGAAGAGGUCCAAAGCACAACAGCUGAACCUGAGGAGAAGAAAGAGGAGGAGACGACACAAGUGGCGACACAAGCCAAAAGGCCCAAAGCUGCCAAUCCAUAUGGGGCCUGGGAACAGAUCCAGGAAGAGGAGGAUCCAUUUGCCAAUGUGGACCUACAGUUGCCCCAGGUGGAGGGAACCACAGCCAGCGCUCCAGCUGACGUGCCGCCGGAACCCAAACCCAAGUUCAAGGAGCGCAUCAUCACCUCCCUUGGAGACGAAGGUGGACCUGCUUCAUUCAGGAGGAACAAGACACAGAACGGCAAAUCCAGGAGCCUCCGACAGAGAGACAAUGACGACUGACCCAAACGCGUCAAAACUUCAAGCCAGAAUGAGACUUUUACACCAAUACAACUCUUUCUAGGAACGUGCUGACAUUGAAAUGCACCGUUUUGAUCUUUGAAGUGUGCGCAAAUCUUUUUUUUUUUUUUUUGUAUAAACAUUUUUAGGACAAAUUGGCUGAAAAAACAUUUUUUCUAAUCCCAAAAAUGUCUACCAUUGGACACAAUAAGUGCUGUUUUUCUGUACCGAGAUCCGUCGCAAUGAAGGUGUGCAACACUUUUAUAGUCUUCAGGUCGGUAUUAUCCCGUUUACGCAAUAUUGUAGGCAUCCUGGCGUGAUCAUUUUAGUGAAGACAUGUCUUCAUGUCUUAGUCUGGUAAUCACAAAUGUAUCCAUACAGAGCAAUUCAAAAAGUUUUUGUAUUUUCCACAUCUGUAUUUUUUUUACCAGUGUAAGUUAUGAAAGGCUAGUAAGGCAUCCCUGUGGAAACACCAUUGCAUUACUUGUCAGUUAAAGUGAAUGAAUGUCAUACAUUAUGAGAUGGGGAAAAUGUGAUCUCAAUAAAUGAUGACUGUCUGGA